AUGAAGCAAAAAUAUCAGGGUAAUACACGAGUUAAGAGAGCACAAUUGCAAGCUCUUCGCAAAGAGUUUGAAAUUCUGCACAUGAAAGCAGGGAAAACCGUGAAUGAUUUUUUUGCUCGAACUCUCACCAUUGCUAAUAGGUUAAAAGCAAAUGGUGAAAACAAGGGAGAUGCAGGGGUCGUGGAAAAGAACUUGAGAUCCAUGACUCCCAAGUUCAAUUAUGUUGUAUGUUCCAUUGAGGAAUCCAAGGAUACAAGCACGAUAACUAUUGAUGAGUUGCAAAGCAGUCUGCUUGUGCAUGAAAAAUGCAUGAGCUCUCCAGUUGCGGAUGAACAAGCCUUAAAGAUUGCUCAUGGAGAACAAUCUGGUGGAAGGGGUUGA